GCACAAUGAUUCCGUGGUUCGACAUUCGGUCGAUCAAUCUGAUCAACUUUCUAUUCGUCAAUCUGAUCGUAACAGUCGUGGUGCUUGGUGGAUUGUUGGCAACCAUCGAGAAGCAUUUACCAACAGUGAUUCGGCAGACGUUUCGCUACGGUAAACACGCCCUCAAAGGCACACCAGAUCGGUUGGUCUCAUUGCUGGAGGUCCCAAAGGCAUGGUUCAAACACUUUUACAUCUUUGCUGCUCUGUGGGCGCUGGCCGGCUUUGGCGUGAUGAUGGAAACCUACAUUACUGGCAAACCAGCACCAGACUACGUGAUAGCAUUCCUCGACACGAUGGCCACAAACAGACGUAUGGUGCGCACGACCCCUACCGAAACGUUGAUUGCCAUGACGCUGAUCACGCUACAGUGCUUACGCCGGUUCUACGAAACCUGGUUCGUGCAGGUGUUUUCCAGCAAGCUGAAGAUUAACCUGUCCGCCUAUCUCGUCGGUUACAUCCACUACUUUGGUACGAUCGUGGCGAUCCUUUCGCAGGCGGAAGGAUUCACCCGCUCCGGGCCUGUAACACUUCCCACAAAUGGUUAUCGAUUUGAGCUCAGCGUACCGUUCGGUCUGGCGAUUCUGGUGUUUUACUACGCCUGGUAUCACCAGUAUCGAUCAAACGUAAUCCUUGCGAACCUGCGCAAGGACAAAACUGGCAAGGUGGUUAGCCAGAAGCAUAGUCUACCGCGAGGGGACUAUUUCGAGGUCAUUUCCUCGCCCCAUAUGUUCUUCGAGAUCGUGAUGUACGCGGUGCUGUUCGCGGUGUUGUAUCGGAAUAGCUCGAUGGUGUACGUAAUGCUGUGGGUCGCGUCGAAUCAACUGCUCAACUCCUGGCUUACACACCAGUGGUACGUGGAAAACUUCCCCAACUAUCCGAAGCAACGAAAGGCACUGAUACCGUACGUUCUGUAA